CGCCAUGCGCGGGUCAGGAGCACGGGCUCCGGCUCACGGCGGGUGUGGGAGCCGCGCGGGAACGCGGCGGCGGCGGUGGGCUGUGUUGGAGAAGGCGCCGUGGUUUGAAGCUGCUGCUGUGGUGUGCGAACCAAAGCUGUGUGCUUGUCAUGUGAGGACUACUGGAAACGCUUUUGUUGACGCGGCCUUUUCCCUGCCGUUGGCCAGAGCCCUCGGUGCUCGUCCGUGAAGACGGGCCCACCAUGUUCUAUGGGACCCACUUCAUCAUGUCCCCACCCGCCAAGAGCAAGCUGAAGCGGCAGGGCCAGCUGCUGUCCAGCGUGCUGUCCCGGACACUGAGCUACAAGUACCGUGACCUGGAUGCCACCUGCUCUAGCCUGGGCACCAGCGACGACCCAGCUGAGCUCUCCACCCAGCUCUCGGCCCCUGGGGUCCUGAAGGUGUUUGGGGACAGCGUGUGCACGGGCACCCACUACAAGAGCGUCCUGGCCACCGGCACGUCCAGCGCCCGGGAGCUGGUGAAGGAGGCCCUGGAGCGCUACGCCCUGAGCCCCGAGCGCGCUGGCCAGUACGUGCUGUGCGACGUGGUGGGCCAGGCCGGCGACUCUGGGCGCCAGUGGCAGGCUGAGGGCUUCCGGGUGUUCGGCGACAACGAGAAGCCCCUCCUGAUCCAGGAGUUAUGGAAACCCCGAGAAGGCUUGUCCCGGAGGUUUGAGCUGAGAAAGAGGUCGGAGGUGGAGGAGCUGGCAGCCAGGGACGUGGACACCGUGACGGCAGGGAUAAACGCCCAAGCCCGGAGACUGCAGCGGAGCCGCGCCAAGGGAACCCCAGCCCCGGCUGCGGGGGGAGCCUGGAGCCCCCCUCCACCCCGGCUGCGCCGCACAGUCAGCGAGACCAGUCUGGGCACGGCCAUCGCCCCGCCGUCCGCCGCCCGGGGCCCCGAGGAGCCUGGCCAGGACGCCAUGCGCUGCUCCCUCUACGAGUCUCCCCACCUGCUGCUCCUGCAGGGCUACAGCCAGCAGCACGACAGCCUGGUCUACGUGCUCAACCGGGAGCGGCACACGGUGGGCCAGAGGACCCCCUCCAGCAAGCCCAGCAUCAGCCUCUCGGCCCCCGACAUCCUGCCCCUGCACUGCACCAUCCUCAGGCGCCAGCCGUCGGGCCGAGCGCAGGCGGGGGCACAGCUGGUCCUGGAGCCCAUCCCCGGGGCGCCCGUCUCGGUCAACUUCUCGGAGGUGGGGGGCCGCGCCGUGGUGCUGCGCCACGGGGACCUGCUCUCCCUGGGCCUGUACUACCUGCUGCUGCUGAAGGACCCAGCGCAGGCCCAGCCCCUGCCCGCCCAGGCCCUGGCCCGCCUCCGGGCCGUGCCGGAGAGCUGUAGGAUGUGCGGCGCCCCGCUCCGGGCCCGGGGCGCCUCAGUCUCCGCGAGGCCCACCGCCCCCCGGCCGCGGCCGCUGCACCUGGAGUUCGAGCCCGACGUGGAGGACGCGCUGCUGCAGCGGAUCAUGACGCUGGUCGAGCCGGGCGGCGACGACCACAAGCUGACCCCCGCCUUCCUCCUCUGCCUCUGCAUUCAGCACUCGGCCACCCGCCUCGAGCCGGGCUCCUUCGGGCAGCUCCUGCUCAAGAUGGCCAAGAUGAUCCGAGAGACGGUCUGGGAGAAAACCAAAGAACUCGCCGAGAAGCAGGCGCACCUCCAGGAGCCCCUCUCCACGGCCAGCUUCACCAUGGCGGGCCUGGUUCCGGACCUGCAGCACAUCCUCUUCUGGAUGUCCAACUCGGUUGAGCUUCUGUACUUUAUCCAGCAGAAGUGCCCACUGUACAUGCAGAGCCUGGAGGAGGACCUGGACGUCACAGGCUCGAAGGAGUCCCUGUUCUCCUGCACCCUCACGGCCAGUGAGGAGUCCAUGGCAGUGCUGGAGGAGGUCGUCCUGUACGCCUUCCAGCAGUGCGUGUACUACGUCUCCAAGUCCCUGUACGUGUGCCUCCCGGCCCUGCUGGAAUGCCCCCCCUUCCAGCUGGAGUGCCGUGAGAGCUGGAGCUCGGCCCCUCGGCUGCCCGAGGAGCUGCACCGCGUCGUGUCCAUCUACCAGGCCACCCUGGACCUCCUGCGGCCGCUGCAGGUGCACCCCGAGAUCGCCGCCCAGGUGCUGGCCUACCUCUUUUUCUUCUCCGGCACGCUGCUCUUCAACCAGCUCCUGGACAAAGGGCCCUCUCUGAGUUGCUUCCACUGGCCCAGAGGCGUCCAGGCCUGUGCCCGCCUGCAGCAGCUCCUGGAGUGGACAAGGAGCGCCGGCUUUGGCGAGGCUGGAGAGCGCUUCUUCCGGAAGCUUUCCUGCACGCUCAACCUGCUGGCCACGCCCAGUGCCCAGCUCGUCCAGCAGAUGAGCUGGGCGAACCUGCGGGCCGCGUUCCCUGCCCUGAGCCCCGCGCAGCUGCACCGCCUGCUGACCCAGUACCAGCUAGCCUCGGCCAUGGGCCCCAUGAGCGCCUGGGAGCCGGGUGCCCAGGACAGCCCCGCAGCCUUCAAGUCAGAGGAGGUCCUGGAGUCCUAUGAAAACCCCCCACCCAUCGUUUUGCCGAGCGAGGGCUUCCAGGUGGAUCUGGAGGCCGACUGCCUGGACGACAGCCUCCACCAGCACCUCCUCUACAUUCGCCACUUCCUGUGGAGCCUGCGGAGCAAGCCCAGCCCCAGCAGCAGGCCCGCGCAGCCAGAGUGUCUCCAGGGCCCGCACCACACCAGCCCCGAGGGCCACCCUGAGGACCAGAGCCGCCCCCUGGCUUCCAGGGACCCCGGUAGGGGAGCCCGUGAGGCCGGCCCGGAGCACCCUCCUCCUUCCGCGGGGGACCCCCAGGCACAGGGCCCUCUGGGAAGGCCGCCAGGCCGCGUGAGCCGCAGGGGGCCCCAGGCCGGGGACCCACAUGGGGACCCCUCAUGCCUGCUCACGCCCCCCGGCACCCCGCUCAGCCUGGAGCCUGCUGUCCCCGACUGGCCAGAAGCCAGCAGUGCCUGCGGGGAAGUGCUUCUGGAAGGGAGGAGGAACGGGCCGAGCGGCCCGAGGUGUGCAGCCCCGGAAGGAGACUGUGUGGCUCCGGCGGCUGAGCCCCCUCCGGCCCCCUCCAGCCACAGCUCCAGCACGGACGACUUCUGCUACAUGUUCGUGGUGGAGCUAGAACGAGGCCCCUCUGGGCUGGGCAUGGGCCUGAUCGACGGGAUGCACACGCCCCUGGGCGCCCCAGGGCUCUACAUCCAGACCCUGCUCCCGGGGAGCCCCGCAGCGUCCGACGGGAGGCUGUCGCUGGGAGACCGCAUUCUGGAGAGCCGUGGAUCUGAUCCGACACGGAGGAAAGAAGGUGCGGUUUCUGGUUGCCAAGUCAGACGUGGAAACGGCCAAGAAGAUCCGCUUCCGCACGCCCCCUCCCUAGGCGCUGUGCAGGGACGGCCCGAGCACCUACACCUGUGGCUCCCAGACGAGGAAAGUGGAGCACAAUGGGACUGUCAUUUUCUACAUCAGUCGGCCAGCGCUGUAAAUGCUGUGAGGACAACCCGACAGAACCCAACCUCUGGAAGCAGCCACCCUCGUCCGCCCUCGGCGCGGCUGCAGUGGGCGCCGGGCCCAGGUGAGUGCGCCCUGCUCACGCGCCAUCCUCCGGGCCGCGGCCCAGCCUGUGUCCUCACGGCCUCCGAGGCCCUGGCGGCUCUGCCGCUUAGGCUGACACGCCUGGGACAGCCCGGCCCCACCGGAUUUGAACUCGCAUCGUUGGACUGGACUCUCAGCCACUACAGAAGUCUACCCUGCAGAGACCAUGGUAAGGGAACUUUUCUAGAGCGGCCUUGGCUCCGUGUGAAGCCGGGAAAAAAGUACCCCCAAAUCCGUAUUCUCAAACUGGUUCGUAGGCACGUUUGAGACCCAAACUUGCAAUGUCUGAACGAACGACGUGAAAAAACGGAAAGCUGAGCAUUAAUUGGCAUCUUGGCAAAUUGAAAAAAGGCAUUUUCUCUAGGUGUCACAUCCUCAACCCUGGCAUCCCCGGACCCAAGUCCGGAGGGCCAGGCAGGGCCGGGUGGGCCGGGCCGGACCUCGCAGGGCUGGGUUGGCCCCAUCCUGGGAGGGUCAGGUGUCCUUUGGCACGCCCCGCACCGGUGCCCCACGGCGCUGCUCCGAGCACCACCUGUCGCUUCUCGGAAAGCAUCCUGGGGCCGGGACGCCAGCCAGAGGCGUCCGCCCCUGCGGCGCCCGCCCGCCCGACCGGCCCCCAUCAGCCUCCUCGGCGGCGGGAGUUUCUUAGG